AUUUUUGGUGGCAGCAAUAGAAAGAUGAUGAUGACAUUGGAGAUUCUCUCAAUUGGGUUUUUCUCUGGUCGAGAAUUUGGAUCUAGAUUCCUGCUUUGACUUGAGUGUUGUUUCCUAUUGAAUUCCAUCGUUGGAGACUGAAUUGAGUUCUGUUUGUUUACUGAGACUCUGAUCAUAAACUUAGUGAUUCCUUCUUCCAUACACCCCGUUUCCGAUUAGCAACAGCCGCAAAGAUGUCCAGUUUCGUGGGUGUUCAUCUGUCCGAUUCAUCGCUCCAGAGCCAGUUCACUCAGGUCGAGCUUCGCGGGCUCAAAUCCAAGUUUGUAUCGUUGAGGAGUCAAUCGGGUAAAGUGGUUGUUGGAGAUUUGCCGCCUGUAAUGGCCAAAUUGAAGGACUUUCAUCAGAUGUUCACUGAGGAGGAGAUCUCUGUUAUCUUGAGCGAGUCUUCUGAUAUGAACGAUGAUAUCGAUUUCGAAGCCUUCCUAAGGGCAUAUUUGAAUUUACGAGCCCGAGCUACAGCCAAAUUGGGUGGCUCUAAGCACUCGUCAGCAUUCCUCAAGGCCACGACCACCACUCUUCUCCACACCAUUAGCGAAUCAGAGCAGGCUUCUUAUGUUGCCCACAUCAAUAGCUACCUUGGAGAUGAUCCAUUUCUGAAGAAUUUUCUUCCUAUAGAUACUAAUGCUCUAUUUGAUCUUGCGAAAGAUGGUGUUCUUCUCUGUAAGUUGAUCAAUGUUGCGGUGCCUGGGACAAUAGAUGAACGAGCUAUUAACACCAAAAGAGUACUAAAUCCUUGGGAAAGAAAUGAAAACCAUACCCUUUGCCUUAAUUCUGCAAAGGCUAUUGGCUGCACAGUGGUUAACAUUGGAACACAGGACUUGGUUGAAGGAAGGCCACACCUCAUACUUGGGUUAAUUUCUCAAAUCAUAAAGAUCCAACUGUUAGCGGACCUCAACCUUAAGAAGACACCUCAACUGGUGGAAUUGGUGGAUGACAGCAAUGAGGUGGAGGAGCUUAUGAGUUUGAGCCCAGAAAAAAUCUUACUACGUUGGAUGAACUUCCAUCUCAAAAAAGCAGGGUACAAGAAACCUAUUACAAAUUUUUCAUCUGAUGUAAAGGAUGGGGAGGCUUAUGCUUACCUUCUCAAUGUUCUCGCCCCUGAGCACUGUAGCCCUGGUACAUUGGAUAUUAAGGAUCCGACUGAAAGAGCAAAAUUGGUACUUGAGCAUGCAGAACGGAUGGACUGUAAAAGAUACCUAACACCAAAGGACAUCGUUGAAGGCUCGGCAAAUCUGAAUCUCACAUUUGUUGCACAAAUCUUCCAUCAUAGAAAUGGCCUGUCAUUGGAUGACAAAAAAAUCUCCUUCGCAGAGAUGAUGACGGAUGAUGUGCAAGUAUCUAGGGAAGAGAGAUGCUUCCGACUGUGGAUUAAUAGUCUUGGAAUUACUUCAUAUGUCAAUAAUGUGUUUGAGGAUGUCAGAAAUGGAUGGGUCCUUUUGGAAGUACUUGAUAAGGUGUCUCCAGGAUCAGUUAACUGGAAGCAGGCAACAAAACCUCCCAUUAAGAUGCCAUUUAGAAAAGUAGAGAAUUGCAACCAAGUUAUCAGGAUCGGGAAACAAAUGAAAUUCUCCCUAGUCAAUGUAGCUGGAAAUGAUUUUGUACAAGGAAAUAAGAAGCUCACACUCGCAUUUCUAUGGCAGUUGAUGAGGUUUAAUAUGCUCCAACUCCUUAAAAACUUGAGAUUCCAUUCCCAAGGGAAGGAGAUGACAGAUGCUUACAUCCUAAAUUGGGCAAAUGACAAGGUGAAGAAAACAGGCAGAACUUCUCAGAUGGAGAGCUUCAAGGAUAAGAAUCUAUCAAAUGGGAUAUUCUUCCUUGAACUUCUUAGUGCUGUAGAGCCAAGGGUAGUCAACUGGAACCUUGUUACAAAGGGUGAAGCUGAUGACGAAAAGAAGUUGAAUGCUACAUACAUAAUCAGUGUUGCACGAAAGCUUGGGUGUUCCAUUUUCUUAUUGCCCGAGGACAUCAUGGAGGUAAACCAGAAGAUGAUCCUCACUCUGACCGCCAGCAUUAUGUAUUGGAGCCUACAAAAACCAGUAGAAGGAUCAGAUUUAUCCCCCGCCGAAGCCUCUGCCUCUGCCUCAAACUCAUCCCUAGCAUCCUUAGUGGAUGAAACAGAUGGAGGGGUUUUAGCAGGUGAGAUCUCACAGAUGACCAUGGACGAUGCAGCCUCAGAUACUGCAUCUGUGACGUCUUUGCAGCUUGAAAGUGACACUGCUGCAAUUGAUGAAUGACCCACAAAUUCUAAAUUAAAACAACCUUUUCUUUUUAAUUUCUAGAAGAUCAACAGAGAUGAAAAUUAUUUUGCAGUAAAGAAUUUUGGGAUCACCUUUUUUUAAAGUGGGAAGGGAUGCACAGUUAUUUUUUAGUGUACUUGUGAUUCUUAAAAAAGUCUUGUAAAAUCAUUCUUCUUU